GGAAAAGUUGCCGAUAAUAAUUUUGUGUUUUCAUUGCUAGUUCUGUCUCGUCAUUUGUGAAGUAAUAUAAACUUCCGCCAGUGAUAUUUAAUUUCAUAUUGUUAGUAGCUAUAAAAGCUUUGAUUCACCAUGACGCGAUCUGUUACAUUGAGCAAACUGGACAUUGUUUAUUUAGAAAAAUGUUGUGCUGAUCUUGGUGUAACAUACGGUAUAAUUAUUUGCCAGAAUAUGGAGCCUGACAAUUUUUUAGUAGUCCAUCUAGCAAAAAACUGUGAAGAGGAUGUAGAACUUUUGCAAAAAGCAAGCGAAAUUGAAGAUUUACAAGGACCCAGCAGCAUAGAAGAUAUAAGCACGCAAGCAUUGGCUACACAGUGGAUUAGCGCGUGCAAAAUGUGUCCUGGGACAUUUAAUGUACAAGGUGUAUUUGUUACCAGUGAUAAACAGAACAUUGAUGAUGACCAAAUAUUUAUUGCUGGGAAAAAAAUGUUGCAUGAUAUGCACAUUCUUCUCAAUCAAGGAAACAACUUAUGUGCUUCAAUUGAUGAAGGAAAUAUGCCAAUCCUAUUCCUGGCAUACUCAACCGCUAGUAAGGAGGCAGUAUGUAAGGCUUAUACACACAAUACUAUGGGAGGCUCCUUUGCAUCCAUGAAUUGCCAUUUUCUGGAUAAACCUAUUGACUGGCACGCAUUUGAAUGCUGUUACGAGUUGGACAACAUUUUUCCAAUUUUUGAUGACACUCAAAAAAUUAACAUUGAGAAUCAAUUUCAUCGUGCAAUAUUGGCAAUAAAGCGCAGCUUAUCUGAAUCCGAAAUUUUUAUAGAAAACGGCUGCGUAGAUGAAUCUGUAUCGUUAGAAGAAUUCGUAACAAAGAACCGGAAGAGAGAAGUAAAUGGAAAUUACAAGGCAACUAUAUUUUUGCCGGUCAAAUGCAAUCAAAGUAGUGAACACUUUGUUAAAAUACGAAAAUUCAAGGGCACUAUUCGUCUUUCAGGCGUUAUUUCUUCUCGUAUUUGGUGCAAUAAUAGAAAUACUUUGGGUGAUGUACAACGAUUUAUGCGGAACGACAUACUCCGUUCAUUAGCGGCGCGUAUUCAAGUUUACUGCGACGGAUUGACCGACCCGCAUGUUAGCAAUGAUGCAAUCUUUAUAAGUGAACCACCCCGACGCGUAUUUUUUAAUUUAUUUGUCGAUGGAACAAUGAAUCCAAUACAAUUUUCAGAAUAUAUAUUUCGUGGUGAAGCUCCAACAGUAGCGGUAGCUCAGGCGAAACAAGUCCUAGAUUUAGAUAUUAGCACAGAAAACAUAGUUGCGGACAUGGAGGGAUUGCCUGAUGAAGAUAUAUUUAGUAACAUAUCAUUAUCUAAUUUGCAGAAAACUUCAACCCAACCAAUUAGAAAUUCAGCAAAAUACUUAACACGUUCCAUGUAUAUGUUGAGCAUAGCCUUAACACUUUUAGUGCUUUUAUUCUCUAUUUGGUUGCAUUACUUCUUUCCUUAGCUUUUUCUUAUUACCUCUAUGAAUACUUUUAUGAAUACCGGAAUAAAAUAUCAAAAGUUAUCGAAGGUCUA